AUGAAGGUACUUGAUGACCUUUUUGAAUGGAGGAAUGCGCUAAAGGAACUAAGUUUAGCAAGACAAAGUGUUAAUGGAUUGGAAGAUGAGGUGAUCCAACAAUUGCGAUUUAGUUAUGAUCGUUUAAAGGAUCAAAAACUUCAACACUGUUUUCUCAACUGUACCUUAUAUCCUGAAGAUUUUGCAAUCAGAGAGAUAGAUCUUGUUCAUCUUUGGAUUGCAGAAGGGCUUGUCGAAGAAAUGAACAGUAGGCAAGCAGAGUAUGACAAGGGUUGUGCAAUAAUGAAUAGACUCAUAAACAACUGUUUGUUAGAAGUUCCUACCGAAAUAGAAAAUGGAAGAUGUGUAAAGAUGCAUGAUCUUGUAAGGGACAUGGCAUUACAUAUCACAUGUAGAACACCUCGGUUCUUGGUAAAAGCUGGCAUGAGAUUAACGGAGCCACCAGAUAUGCAAGAAUGGAGAAAGGACCUAGAAAAAGUUUCAUUGAUGGAGAAUUGGGGUUUACAGCUUCCCUAUCCUUUGGAAAUAUCGCCACCGAAGUGUCCGAUGCUCACAACACUAUUGUUGUCUGGUUGUAAUAUACAAAGCAUUCCAGAAGGCUUCUUCAAGCAUAUGCACAGACUCAAGAUUCUUGAUCUUUCUGCAAAUCCUAUCAAGUAUCUCCCAGAUUCCAUUGCUAAUUUGAAGAACCUCACUGCGCUAUUGCUUCGUCAUUGUCGAAGUUUAGAGAAGGUGCCAUCACUUUCAAAACUUCAAGUCUUGAAGGAGUUGAAUCUUGAAGCAACAAAUAUCAAGGAGGUCCCUUGUGAGAUGAAAAACUUGUUGAAACUCAAUUACCUGAAUUUGAAUGGUAUAGGAGACCUACAUGAGAUUCCUGAUCGAGCAUUAUCAAAACUUUCUUUCCUUCAAGACUUGAUUGUUGGUGAAACAUUGAUAAGUGGAGAAGAUGUUGGUGGAUUGAAGAAACUGGAAAUUCUUAAAGGGAGGUUUUACGAAUUACACAACUUAAAUGCGUAUGUCCAAGCUUUACAUGGUCGAGAAGAACCUCUUGAAUACAUCAUCCGCAUGGGUGAGAGAGGAUGGGUGGAGCAAAUUAAUACAAGAAAGUACAUUGAGUUAUGUGGUUGUAAUAUCUAUACCAAUCAGAUUAUACUUCCACAUGUUGAGGAGUUAUACAUUAAGGAGUGCAAUCUCAAUUGUAGCAAAGGGUAUCCGCUUUUCUCCAAGUUUAUUCUUAUCUCACUUAGCAUAUUCUCCUCUCUUAAAUUUCUUGAUAUAUAUAAUUGUAAAAGCUUGAAAAAAUUGUUCUCUCCAAAUUGCUUGCCACUAAAUUUACAAGAGCUUAGCGUAUCAGAGUGUAACAAGCUAGAGGAAAUAAUAGCAAUAGAACUUGGAUGGAAUCAAAGAGGAAAGGCUACCAUGGAGUUUCAUUUACCACAAUUAAGGUUAUUUUCACUAUGGAAUCUACCAAAAUUGAAGAGCAUUUGCAAUGUUAAUGGAGUAAUCGUUUGUGAUUCACUUGAAAUAAUUUAG